AUGGCGUCUUCUUCUUCUUCCCCUACUCCUUCAGUAAUAAAGAAGUACGAUGUUUUCAUUAAUUUCAGAGGGAAGGACACUCGCUAUUGUUUUGCCAGCACUCUACAUGGACUUUUGCUUGAGAAAAAUAUCAUUGUUUUCUUUGAUGACGAGCUUGAGAAAGGAGAUGAAAUUUCGUCAUCUCUUAUGAAUGCAAUUGAAGAAUCAGAAAUUUCAGUCGUCAUUUUCUCAGAAAGGUAUGCCUCUUCUAGAUGGUGCCUUGAAGAACUUGUGAAGAUCAUUGAAUGCAAACAAAUGCACCAACAGAUGGUACGACCAAUUUUCUAUCAUGUAGAUCCAUCAAGUGUAAGUAAUCAGACUGGAACUUUUGGGGAAGAAUUUGCCAAGCUUGUCAAAAGUUUUAAUAAGGAGAAGUUAGAAAAGCUACAAAUGACGGAAGAACAAUUUAAAGACAAGAUUCAGACAUGGAAGAAUGCUUUGACAACAGCAGCCAACCUAGCUGGCUACACCGCAACUAACAGAACGGCUACAUUUGACAUUGCAAUGAGAGUUGUUCAGGAAGUUUUGAGGAAAUUAGAUGAUUUGCAUUCAGAUGCUGAUAAUAAGAACUUGGUUGGAAUCCAAGGUAUGCUUUCCACCAAAAUCAUCCUUUAAGAGAUUAUGAUGACUUAUCACAAGAGGUAAUAAGGUAUGCUAAAGGCGUUCCAUUAGUUCUUGAAGUGUUGGGUUCCCUUUUAUAUGGCAAGGCAAGAGAUGUUUGGAAAAGUACAAUA